ACCCCCCCCCCGCCCCUUGUCGCAGAGCUUGGGCUGGGCGGCUCGCUGGGGCUGGGGGGGGGGGACGGUCUGUCUCCGGGCCCCCUCCUGCUUACUCCUUGCGCUCCAGCGUAACGGCCACCAGAGCUCUGCGGGGGGCUGCCUACUCCGCCCCAGACCUGUCGGCGAAAGGUUCUUGAAGAAAUUAUUAGAGAUUAUUACAUACAGAGAGACUGUCUGAUGGACAUUUGCCCCUGGGCUGUGAGUUUUUAAGUUUAUGCCAACGUGGCUUCAUUCAUACAGAUGAACCAAGGAUCGGGAUAGCAGUUUAAAAUUAGAAUCAGAUAGCUGACUGUCCAGCAGGAUGCCAUCAACUAAUAGAGCUGGCAGUCUAAAGGACCCUGAAAUUGCAGAACUUUUCUUCAAAGAAGAUCCAGAGAAGCUCUUCACAGAUCUCAGAGAAAUUGGCCAUGGAAGCUUUGGAGCAGUAUAUUUUGCACGAGAUGUACGUACCAAUGAAGUGGUGGCUAUCAAGAAAAUGUCUUACAGUGGAAAGCAGUCUACUGAAAAAUGGCAGGAUAUUAUUAAGGAAGUCAGGUUUCUACAAAGAAUAAAACAUCCCAACAGUAUAGAAUACAAAGGCUGCUAUUUACGUGAACACACAGCAUGGCUUGUAAUGGAAUAUUGUUUGGGAUCUGCAUCAGAUUUACUAGAAGUUCACAAAAAGCCACUACAAGAAGUGGAAAUAGCAGCAAUAACACAUGGUGCUCUCCAGGGAUUAGCCUACUUACAUUCGCAUACAAUGAUCCAUAGAGAUAUCAAAGCAGGAAAUAUCCUUCUGACAGAACCAGGCCAAGUGAAACUUGCUGACUUUGGAUCUGCUUCCAUGGCAUCCCCUGCCAAUUCUUUUGUGGGAACACCAUAUUGGAUGGCCCCAGAAGUAAUUUUAGCCAUGGAUGAAGGACAGUAUGAUGGCAAAGUUGAUGUAUGGUCUCUUGGAAUAACAUGUAUUGAACUUGCGGAAAGGAAGCCUCCUCUAUUCAAUAUGAAUGCAAUGAGUGCCUUAUAUCACAUAGCCCAAAAUGAAUCCCCUACACUACAGUCUAAUGAAUGGUCUGAUUAUUUUCGCAACUUUGUAGAUUCUUGCCUCCAGAAAAUCCCUCAGGAUCGUCCAACAUCAGAGGAACUUUUAAAGCACAUGUUUGUUCUUCGGGAGCGCCCCGAAACAGUGUUGAUAGAUCUUAUUCAAAGGACAAAGGAUGCCGUAAGAGAACUGGACAAUCUGCAGUAUCGAAAAAUGAAGAAACUCCUUUUCCAGGAGGCACAUAAUGGACCAACAGUAGAAGCACAGGAGGAGGAAGAGGAGCAAGACCAUGGUGUUGGCAGGACAGGAACAGUGAAUAGUGUUGGAAGUAAUCAGUCUAUUCCUAGUAUGUCUAUCAGUGCCAGCAGCCAAAGCAGUAGUGUUAACAGUCUUCCAGAUGCCUCAGAUGACAAGAGCGAGCUAGAUAUGAUGGAGGGAGAUCAUACAGUGAUGUCCAACAGUUCUGUCAUCCAUUUAAAACCGGAGGAAGAAAAUUACAGAGAGGAAGGAGACUCCAGAACGAGAGCAUCAGAUCCACAGUCUCCACCCCAAGUAUCUCGUCACAAAUCACACUAUCGUAACCGAGAACAUUUUGCAACUAUAAGGACAGCAUCACUGGUUACAAGGCAAAUGCAAGAACAUGAGCAGGAUUCUGAGCUUAGAGAACAGAUGUCUGGCUAUAAGCGAAUGAGGCGGCAACAUCAAAAGCAACUGAUGAGUUUGGAAAAUAAACUGAAGUCUGAAAUGGAUGAACACCGCCUUAGAUUAGACAAAGAUCUUGAAACUCAGCGUAACAAUUUUGCUGCAGAAAUGGAGAAACUUAUCAAGAAACAUCAGGCUGCUAUGGAAAAAGAGGCUAAAGUGAUGGCCAAUGAGGAGAAAAAAUUUCAGCAACAUAUUCAGGCCCAACAGAAGAAAGAAUUGAAUAGCUUUCUGGAGUCCCAAAAAAGAGAGUAUAAACUUCGAAAAGAGCAGCUUAAGGAGGAGCUGAAUGAAAAUCAGAGCACCCCUAAAAAAGAAAAACAAGAGUGGCUUUCAAAGCAAAAAGAAAAUAUACAGCAUUUCCAAGCAGAAGAAGAGGCUAACCUUCUUCGGCGUCAGAGACAAUACCUGGAGCUGGAAUGCCGUCGCUUCAAAAGAAGAAUGUUACUUGGACGCCAUAACUUGGAGCAGGACCUUGUCAGGGAGGAGUUAAACAAAAGACAGACUCAAAAGGAUUUGGAGCAUGCCAUGCUACUAAGGCAGCAUGAAUCCAUGCAAGAAUUGGAGUUUCGCCACCUCAACAUAAUUCAGAAAAUGCGCUGUGAGUUGAUCAGAUUACAGCAUCAGACUGAGCUCACUAACCAGCUGGAAUAUAAUAAACGAAGAGAACGAGAACUACGGCGAAAGCAUGUCAUGGAAGUUCGACAACAGCCUAAAAGUUUGAAGUCUAAAGAACUCCAAAUAAAAAAGCAGUUUCAGGAUACCUGCAAAAUCCAAACCAGGCAAUAUAAAGCAUUAAGAAAUCACCUACUGGAGACCACACCAAAGAGUGAACAUAAGGCUGUUCUGAAAAGGCUCAAGGAGGAGCAGACCCGGAAGUUAGCCAUCCUGGCUGAGCAGUAUGAUCACAGCAUUAAUGAAAUGCUCUCUACACAGGCUCUGCGUUUGGAUGAAGCACAGGAAGCAGAGUGCCAGGUUUUGAAGAUGCAGCUGCAGCAAGAAUUGGAACUGUUGAAUGCAUAUCAGAGCAAAAUCAAAAUGCAAGCUGAGGCACAACAUGAUCGAGAGCUUCGGGAGCUUGAACAGAGGGUCUCCCUCCGCAGGGCACUCUUAGAACAAAAGAUUGAAGAAGAGAUGUUGGCUUUGCAGAAUGAACGCACAGAACGAAUACGAAGCCUACUGGAGCGUCAAGCCAGAGAAAUUGAAGCUUUUGACUCUGAAAGCAUGAGACUAGGUUUUAGUAACAUGGUCCUUUCUAAUCUUUCCCCUGAAGCAUUCAGCCACAGCUACCCAGGAGCUUCUGGUUGGUCUCACAAUCCUGCUGGGGGUCCAGGACCUCACUGGGGUCAUCCCAUGGGUGGCCCGCCACAAGCUUGGGGCCAUCCAAUGCAAGGUGGACCCCAACCAUGGGGUCACCCCUCGGGGCCAAUGCAAGGGGUACCUCGAGGUAGCAGUAUAGGAGUCCGCAAUAGCCCCCAGGCUCUGAGGCGGACAGCUUCUGGGGGACGGACGGAGCAGGGCAUGAGCAGAAGCACGAGUGUCACUUCACAAAUAUCCAAUGGGUCACACAUGUCUUAUACAUAACUUAAUAAUUGAAAGUGGCAAUUCCGCUGGAGCUGUCUGCCAAAAGAAACUGCCUACAGACAUCAUCACAGCAGCCUCCUCACUUGGGUACUACAGUGUGGAAGCUGAUUGCAUAAUGGUAUAUUUUAUUCAUUUUUGUAAAGUGUUCCAUUUUGUGUUUACUAAUUGGGAUGUCAUAGUAUUUGGCUGCCGGGUUUGAUUUUGGGGGGGGGGGAUUUUGAAAAGGGGAGUGGAUAUGAAAUAUUUCAUGCAUGUAAUAAAAUGAAAUUGGCUAUAUAGAAGGGAUAUUUUCUGAAUACUGCAAAAAUAAAAUGCAGCAUAAGUGGCUUGAAUCAUCGCAUAGGGUAUCAUAUCUAAGAAGUUUGUGAGAAAAUCUAAAGCUGUCCUCCAUAUUCAAAAUUUCUUCUGAGCCACUGACAGCAGGCUGCAUAUGCUGAAACAAGUUAUUAUAGGAGUACACCUGCACCUUCUUACUAGUGUAUUUUCUUUUUUAAAUUGGUCUGACUUCUCAGCCUCAUUUGGAUUAAAAAAGCAGAAAUCUUUGAACACUAAAGGAUUGUACUGACCUUUUCAGAUGGUAAAAAACAACUUAAUUCUUCUUCUGAAUGCUUCCUAAGUUUGUCAGUGACUUUUUUUCCAGUCAGUUGUGCCUUCUUUGUGUCACAGCAAGAUGGAAUUGCUUAAGGAGAUCACAAGCUGUAUAGGGAUUGCAUUUACUAACCUGUGAGCCUUUAAAGGGGGAGACCAGCAGAGUGAGAGGGGCCCCUGAAAGUUCAUGUGAUAGUUAUGUCCAGUGGCAGAGUGAGGAGAUGAAGUAUAUAUAUAUCCCGACAUUUGUUGCUUAUUACUGUGAUAUUUCAUUCUAGCUAAGCUCUAAAAGUCCUAACAUCCCAAACAGUACUUUUACUUUGUACAGAAGCAGACAUAAAGCCAAUACAAAUCAAAUGCCAGAGGUGUUUGAAUGAUGCCAUAUUUACAAACUGCCAUUUAUGGGAAUUCUCGUCACACUACAUAGACAUAAUUUGACUACCCACUUUUGGCUUAUGGAAUUCCUGUUUACAAGUAGAUUAGUCAGUUAUUUAAAUGUUUAGUUGCCAUAGUGAACCAGGAGCCUCUGAGCCAAUGACUACCAGCUGCUGACUAAUUCUCAUCACCACUGUAGAUUUUACUGCAUCUGCAGAUCCUCUGUUUUAUAAUUGCUAUUUUUGUUGCUGCAGUACUUUACACACUUCCAGUUCAUUGAGACUUAGUGACUAUUUGGGAUCAUGUUAACAUCACACAAUAGGAAACACCACUCCAGAAGUCUCAAGCCUCAGUGCUAAAAUACUACUGAAAAGGAACUAGGAAGUUUGGCAAAUGAAAAAACAAAAAACAAAAAAAAAGUAAGUUAUAGUGGUUAGGGAAUCUCUUGAGAAAACCUAACAUAUUUGGGGGGUGGGGCAUGUUUUGUUUUUUGUUUGUUUUGUUUUAUAAUGAAGGAUCAACCCAAUGUUGAAAGUCAGAUGUUACUUGGUAUUUCCAUUGUGUGUGUGGAAGUUGAGUUGAAAGUGGGUGAGGAGCUGUGAAUAUGACUUGAAUAAAAAAAAAAUGUCCUCUUCAGUGACAGAUCAGAGUUUCUUACAAGUUAUUGUCCUGCCCCUUCCCUGCUCCCUGGUUGUCUUGAAGAACACUUGCUGCUAACUCUGGAUCCUGCUUUUCAUGUACUCAGAGGGCUCCAAGAUAGAACUCUCCAAGUCCCUCACAGUAAUAUUCUUCCCCUAGACCAAACUAAUGACCAAAUUUUAGAAUCUAUCACUUGGUUUUGUCAACCAAAUUUUUAAGUUUCCUUAGUUACCGUGUGUCAGCCCAGUCUCCAUGAAGCCUCCACUUUAGGAAUUUCUGACAUUGAUUUGAAGGUAACUAUAAGUAAAAUUAAUGUAUUAAUAUAAAUCCUUUAAAAACCAAGAUCAAAAUAGAAUUCAUACAUUCUUCUAGCCAGUGUUUCGAGUAGCAUUCUGUUGUAUUGUCUUCUUGACCAUGCUCCAGAUCACCAGUUUUUAGGUAAAAAUGACAUAUAUUUGUCACAGCUGAUGAAAAGGCUUUUAGUUUUCUUUUAUCUGCAUUCAACUGUUACACAGUGUUUUAGUGAGAAAUCUAUUUGGAGGAAAAUUAUAAGAACUUUAGAACUUAAUAAAGUAUCCAGAAAUGCAAGACUUUUAAAUACCUUUAAAAGCAUUCUUCAGAGUUCUGGCCCCUCUCUAGUACUGGAGAGGUAGAAUAAGGAAUUAGAUAAGAUUUGCUUACAAAACCUUUUGCAAACUCACACUACCAGUGAUACAUUUUAAAAUCCACUUUUGAGCUUCAGUUAGGCUUUAACAAGUUCAUGUCGUAUAUAAUUAAAAAAGCAUAAUUGAAUACUGACUCCAAAUGUGUGUCCACUAAGGUUUUGUAUCUAAUUUGUGUGAUAGCUAUUUUGACAUGUAGGUCAUCACUAUAUCUGGAUUAUAUCAUUAAUUUUAAUUAAAAUAUAUGUAGUUUGCAAAACUUAUUCAAAUUAAUUGGUUUUUUUGUGUUUGUGGGAUAUUAACUUCUGGUGAAUCUCAUACAUGAUAGGAAUCAUCAUAGAGUAAAACUGGUAGGAAAAUUUGGAGGGUUUUAAAAUACCCUUAAGAAAGAACAAGCACUUUUUUGAAUCUGUGUGCAAAUGUCAAAAUUUAAUCAAACUAACACUACCUCUUCCCUGGUGUUGGUAUUCAUCAUAUACGUGUUUAAGAAAAUUAAAAGUAUGGGAGAUUGUGUAGCAUAUCAGAAACUGUAAAUGCUAUGUCUGGUGUCCAGAACCUGGCAAUGAAAAGUUACUUGUGCUUGCCCUUCUCCGUGUGUGUGUGUGUGUGUGUGUGUGUGUGUGUGUGUGUGUGAGCAUUUUAAAAAUGCAAAGCCUAUGUUGAAACAUUUUAUUCCUAAUCAGAUUUUCUUCCCUUUGCACAUUUUUUUCUUUUUAAAAGACAGUUCUAACUCCAAAUUAGAGUAUCUGAAAGCAUUUUCACUGUGUAGAUGUUAGCGUAAGAAUGUGUUUAUAUUAUUUUUAUCAGAGCUGACAUUCUUUUUAGCCAUUUCUAUACAUAGAGAUGACUAGUCCUGCAUUUGAAGUCACACCUACAGGUAUAAUACACUUAAGUAGUUUGAACUUACCAUAGCCAUGAUUUUCAACUGCCUGGAUAUAGGCAAACACCAUUCAAAACACUAAGGACACCUUCCUGGACACUCCCAUUUCUACAUUUUUUUCUCAAACCCCACCCCUCUUUUUCAAAAUUUGAAAAUUCUGUAUCUUUUUUUAGGCCAUAAGACAGACUUUAGUAAUUUUCCUCUUUUGUAGGUACUAAAGGUCUGACAUUUUAACUUUUAUAAAAUACAUUGUGUUGGACACUGGAAUAAUACUAUUUAUUUUCACCUGUGAAAAUGACUUCAUUGUACUUGAAACAACUCUUGCAAUUCUCCAUUCGUGCCAUUCACUAGUGGAAAUAAAUUGUAUUAUACCAUGAUCUACUGGCUUUUUAAAACUGUGUUAAAUAAUGCACAUUUUUGGUAUAGCUAUUAUCAUUUGUAUAUAUAUAUAUUGUAUAUACAUAUGAGUGUCUAUGUGUGUGUAUAAAUGGAUGGAUGUAACUCAUACUGUACAUUUCCAUCAGGGCACUUAAGGUUCUGUUGUUUUUGUUUGAUUUUAUUUUAGUCCUCAGUUAAGGCAAGAAUGCAGGUGUUUUUUAAGAAUGAGUACUCUGGGUUGAUAUUUAUGAGAAAGUGAUCAUUACAUUCAGUCUUUUCCUUUCUAAUCCCCUCCUAGCAUUUGUAUGAGUGGAGAGAAAAGUAAAAUAUGGAACCAUAAAUUGCAGUGCAGUAAAAUAGUGCCGAGGAAAGAGCCAGUUAGUGUUUCCAUGAGUUUUGCGUUGUGAUGCAACAAAAGAUAAAUGAUGGAAAAGAAAAGUGAAUUGUGGAAAGAACACUGGUGGUAAUUCCUCUGCAGAGAUGAUAAAAAAGAUAAGUCACACAAUCUAUAUAUGUUUUCUGUAUUUCUUAGUAGUGAUGCCAUUGAUCCACUUUUUUAUUCCAUUGAUACUGUAAUUACAUAUUUUUGCUGAGGAUUUAAACAGCCAAGAAAGGAAUUACAGCUAAAGCAAUCUAAAGUCUCCUGAACUAUACAGUCAACAGGAAAUGGUCAUUGAGAGCAGCUUAUGGCAUUGGUGAGGGGAUUUCUGCUUUGAGUUGCCUCUUAUUGCUUGUUAAUAUUAAGUUCUUUGUGCAUCUUCCACCCUUUCUGAGCCACUAGUAUUCAAGCAGAGAUUUGGCCCAACACCGCAUCCCAUGCCUUUGGAGGUUAUACCUUUCUGCAUUUUGUCCCAUGCUGAAAAUGUGAAGUAUCUUAGUGGUAUUCAAGUCAGAAAAUAUAUUUGUGUGUAAAGUGAGUCUCCUAUAGUAAUGGAUGAAGCAAUUCUCAUUUCUUAGAGCCUUCUUUAAGCAGCAAAAUUACAACUUGGUCUAUCAUCUUUGGGCUGCUACCAAAAUAUUGAUUAUUGAGGAGAAACAAAUUCUCUAUUUUGCUUUUCUUUAUCUAACAUGAUAGCAUUUCAACCCAGGUUAUAUGUUGCCUUUUGAAAUAUACUCACUCAUAGUUGUUAAGAACUGGAAAUUUCCCAUCCUCAGAUUCCUUAAAGAGUGUGCUGAACAUUUAGCAUACUUGCCUCUUGUGUAUGCAAGGACUACUGAUUGAAGUCUGUUUUGCUGUGUCUGGUUAUGUUGUCUGCACUUUUAUGAAAUUGCUACAGUAGAUCGACAUUGGAAAUCAUUUAAUUUGUAAAUUUAUUAAACACUGUUUAGAAAAAGAAAGUGAAGCUGAGAACUCUUCCUUUAUUGUCACAUUUUCUACUGAACUCAUAAUCUCCUUCAAAGUCAUGUUGACUAAUUUUUUUUCCUCCUUAUAUUCAGAUUUCAAAAAUUUUACUCAUACAAAGGAAGAGAAUCCAUUUGGCCUGAUGGUAGUCUUCAGAGCAUAAGAAAUACAUAAAUUAGUAGCACCUUAUCUGCCUAUUAUGGGCUUCUUGGAAACUUGCACAUCCCACCUACCCAAAGAUUAGUAUCUUUUUAAAGAAAAUAAAGGCAGAGAAUUAAACUUGGGGAGCCAUGUACUAUGUCACCAUCACUGCUGUUUCCCAGCAAUCCAAACUUUUGAAAUUUCACAAAUUUUUUUUGUGGGGGGUGUAUGUGUCUCUGAUUGUAUUUUUGUUUUAUUUUAAAUAUACAAGGGCUGUUUAGAGAAAAAGUUAAUCCUCUCAAAUAGCAGGAUGCCCACUGGAUACACUAAUAUAAACAUCUGUAGGUAGUUUGCCAUGAAGAAGUGGAGAGAAGGUGAAGCUUCUGAAUGAAUGGAAAAGGGUGUCUUAUGCCCAAGAAUUCCCCUCAAAGUACGGGUAAUUCAACCUGCACAGUUUCCUUUUACUCACAGUUUUUAGCAAAUUGUGAGUGAAAAAUCAUGUAAUUAUCUGUAAAUAUGUAGUUAACAAAUUGACCUAGUUUCUGUAUUUUUUUGGUUUUGUACUAAAGUUUAUAGGUCUGUGCCAGCUAGAGAGGAGUUGCUGUCAUUGCCAGUUGUGGUUCUAGCAUCUAACCCUGAAACCAUCCUAGGUGACGUACAUUUUUAGAAUUAACGCUUAAAUGUUAAACAGGGGGAAAUGAAACUUAAUCAUUGGUCAGGUUUGAAAUCUUUUAAGCUAAGUAACUUUAUUUACUAUGAUGAUUACAUAUCCUCAGUCAUAAAUGAGGUAGGAGCCUCCCUCCCCCCGUGGCCAUGUUUACAGAAGUGUGUUUUGUCUAUAAAGUGCACAAGUGUGUUACUGUUUAUGUAAAUUAUGCAAGUGAUAACAUUAUGGUUUGGGACUGUUCGUGGGCUCUUUACCUGAAUUUUCAAAUGAAAUGACUAUGGUUAUUGCUGGCACAUUUAUCCCAUUUCUGGAACAUUUUUCUAAUUCCAGAAUUACUGUGUUCCUUAGACAUUACCCCCAUUUAAACUCCCUUUCUCUGAUAUGCCUUGUAGCCAAGGUAUUAAAGACUGGUGAACAUAGAUGAGGGAAAUGCAUUUCUUAAAAAUCCAUGAGCCCUCAAUUGUAUGCUUUCAGUACUUGUGUUAUAUGUUUCUAUGGCUACUUUGAAGUCAGUGGUUUAGAAUUGAGAUACCAAUGUUAAUGAAAAGUGUGUACUCUUUGCUUUUGCAUGGCUUGGCUUAGUAUCCAAGGUAUAUUAGAGCCACUUGAAAGCAUGGAGACCAGUUAUAUGGAAACAGGUUUCUCUCAGUGGCACAUUUUGCUUUUCCUUAGUCCUCAAAUACAUUGUCUAGGCAUGAACAUUAUACUAUAAAUUGCACAUGGUCAUAUAGUGAAGUAUGUAAUUAAAAAGGAUACAGCUGCCUGUUGUUUGCAGUUUCUGGCUGGUCUGUGUGACCAUUUGGCAUAUCAAAAACAUAUCAAAAAACCCUGAGGAGUGUUAGAACCCUUCUAACCCUUUUUAGGGGGUCAUAAACAGAUAUGUUUAGUUUACCAAGAUGUUGGCUGCUUCUGGUGUAUUGCCAGAGAAGCCCUUUUGGUGCCCAUUCCAAAUGUGCUGUGCUUCCUCUCAUUUCAUAGAUCAAAGAAACCACCAUCCCUUCUUCCUAACAGCAUUUUCCCCCUUUUAUUCCACAUUAAAUGGGAAUUGUGCCUACUUAGAGUGCUCCUCCAAUUAAUUACAUGUGUCCCAAAAUUGUCCAAGCUAGAAACACAGGAAAGAACACAUAAAAAAAAAAGUUACUUGAGGCCAGUCAUUUGAUAAGGUAUUUUGCCACAUUAUCUUGACAACAUAUAUGAGCCUAUUAGGAUUUGCAAGUGAUUUCUAGAGUAAAAUUUAAGUGAAGAGGGAUGUGUGGGGUUUCUAUUAGGAAAUAAUUUUGUUUAUUUUUAACCUUUCCUUUUACGAUCCUUCUCUGCUAGUUUACACAGGUUCUUCAAUUUUUUUUAACCUUUUAGGAAAAUUUUUACAAAAGCAAUGGUCUGAUGUAAAUAACAUUUUAAAGUAUAGUGCACAUAGCUUCCCCAGACUGUUCCAACUUAAUGAUUUGUAAAUGCUUUAGAGUUUUUUAAAUUAACACCUGUGUUGCUAAAUCCUAUUUAUGUAAGUCUGCUAAAGUUUUUAACCCACUUAAGACUUAAACAUUUAAAUAAUGGAUGGGUUACUAUAAGCAGUUUAGCUUCCAGAACCCUCUUGUUUUAGUAUAUGAAAAAGCCUAAUGCUCAUUAAUGAGGUUGGAAAGACUAUGAGAAAUAUGUAUAGUGUAUAUUUUAAAACAGCUUUGCUUGUAUUGUGAAGAUUUAAGAACAAACUUGAGAUUUUUUAACGUAACUAUUAACACAGUUUUAUCAUAAUUUAUCCCACUGGGUUUAAGAGCAUCUUGAAUGUAUAAUCCUUUUUGUAACCCAGGUUGGUUUCUGCUUUUACCAGUCAUCCAAACAUUAUUUAUAUUUUUGGUUUUAAGUAUUCAUUUCCUUUGCUAUCCUCAAACAGCAUGAUUUAUUUUGCACAUGUAGAAAUUUUUAAAAGGAAAAAAAUUAACACAUCAUUUUCUCUGGUUCUUUACUUUUAUCUUCCUACUAACUCCUUUAAAGGCCAUAUCACUCCAUUUGCAUUAUUUAUGCAAAUGCAAGGGUUGGUUUUUAUUUUUAUUUUUGCUAUUUACCUUGAAAAAGAAAAUGCUUCAGUCAAUUGCUUUUUUAUUUAAAAAGAAAAAAAGAAAAAAAAAAAGAAAAAAGCUGUAACCUUAUCAUUUCUGAGUAGACCAUUGAGAGAUGAAUGCACACCUGUCAUAGCCCAGGACCAGCUAUGGAAGCUGAAGGGAAUAUUUUAACUAAGCAAGAUUUAUUUUCUGAAAGUGGUAUACGUUAUCCACAAUCUGUUUCAGUUAUUCCCAUGAGUCAAGGGUCCAGAUAAAAUGAGGGUUAUCAGCUAACUGAUAUGUUAUCAUUGAGGUUCAUCAAUGAAUUUGUACAUUUCUAGUUCCCUUUGGUGAAGGGAAAAAUGAUUUUGCAAGACCUAGAUUUUGGCUUGGUUUCUUGCCUCCUUUUUUGGCAGCCUUCAUCUUCUCAUCUCCUAAAGCCCUUGAGCCUGUAGGGUUUUCAUAGAGGACAAAGGACUUAACGGUCUUUUAAAGCUGGGACUGAUUUUUUUUUUUUUUUUUUGGUCAGAGAUUAUCAUGUUGAAAGUGUGGUAGUGUUCUACCACUUUACUGAUGACUAAUGUUAAACAUACACAGUCCUUUAAACUUUUGGACCAAACAGAUGCCCACAGUGGAGGCUUAUCAAGGGUUGCAAUGGGAAAGAAGCCUCUCCCUCACUGUCAGCACCAGCUGGUAAAGGUGACUGUACAGAUGUGCAUUUUCCUUUUGGUAGUAAUGGUCCACAGCACUAACUGGUAAGGCUUAUUGUACAGUAUAUUGUCAGUAUUCUUCUGGUUCAGCAUACCUUAUAGUUCAUAUAUAAUCUGUAUUAAUUGUAUAGAUUGUGCAUUUAAACUGUUACCAAGUUGUCAGAACAUAAGAGCGAAACAAGGUCAUAUGUAAUAUUUUGUUUGUAAGUAUCCUUUGUAUCAUAGCAAAGGAAAUGUUUAAAAAAUCAACUGUAAUAAAGUAAUUUUAGUACACAA